AUGUCACUGGGACCGAGCGAUAAUGAGAUGAACGAGGUGGCCAGCAGCAGCGGCAGCAGCGUCAUCCUCACCGGCAGCGGCAAUGGCGGCGGUGGCGGCAGCAACAGCAGCACCACCACUGAGUCGAGCAUCUCCGGCCUGACCGCCAUCGAGGCGGCCUCCAAUGAAGGCCUCCCGCCGCCCACGCCGCCCGACAUGAAGCGCAUGAGCGACGACGACGACGACGAUGACGACGUGAACAACGAGGCGGACAGCAGCACCGCUGAAAGCGAGACUAAGAAGCUCAAACUCGAUGAGGAAGGGGAGGCAGAGAAGAAGAAGAAGACGACGGAGGAAGUCUGGAUUCCCAUCGAGUCGGAUCCGGACAUUCUGACGCAGUUCCUCCGUCGGCUGACCUACACCGAGCACUACCUGCUCGACGUGCCCGUCCUCCACGAGGGCGAGCUGCAGGAGCUGCUGGCCGGUCACUCGGUGAAGGCCUUUCUCUUUCUCUAUCAGAUCAACGAGCGCACCACCGCGGAGGUGGCCACCUCGGCCGGGGCCCCCGACCCGCCGGAGGACCUCUUCUUCAUGCGCCAGACUAUUCGCAACAGCUGCGCCACGGUGGCCCUCGUGCACGCCUACAUGAACACCUUUGGCGGCGGAGGUGGUGGCCAAGGUGGCAACGGCCACGUCACCGCCUCCAUCAUCAAGGAGUUUGCCGGCGCCAUCGAGGAGCAGGGCCUCAAUCAGAUGCCCAACAUGCCGGAACGCUGGCAGGCCAUUGGCGAGCUCUUCGCGGCGAACAAGCAGAUCAAGUCGCUGCACCUGGAGCACGCCAUCCUCGGCCAGAGCGGCGUCCCCGUGGGCCGGGCCCUGGACGACGUGGACAACCACUACGUGGCGCUGGUGGGCCGGGAGGGAGUGCUCUACCGACUGGACGGUCGCUGCGAGAAACCGCUGCCUAUGGGCGAGUACGAGGAGGAGAAGGAAGAAGUGGGCGAUGAAGCUGGGAAGGGCAAGGAGAAUGCUCCUGAGAAGGAGAAGGAGGAGGAGAGCCUUAGCUUCUUCGGCGCCAGCAUUCAGGCGCUCAGCUCGCUGAUUGCCCGCGAUCCGGACAACUACAACUUCAACAUUCUCGCCUUCUGUGCGCCCAAGCAAAAGUGA